CAUAUUUGCCGGUGCCGCCGCUGUAAACAACAAAAAAAGUGUCUGGGAGAGACAGACAAGAGACGCUUCAGUGGAUUUCAGGACAUUUUAUUUGUUGUUGUUGGUGAAUUCCUCCCCUCUCGGCAGUCAUGUCGCUGGGAAUGUCUUAUAAACCUAAUGUGAACGCGCAGCUACCCGGCGGCACCCCCGGGGCACAGGUUGGAAGUGCCCAUUCUCCAUCCACAAGCAUGGCAUCAUCUUUACAAUACCGACAACUGCUGAAUGACUACGGUCCUCCGUCUUUGGGAUAUACACAGGGGAGUUCCAGCAGCAGUGGCAGCAGUAGUAACAAUCAGGUACCUCAAAGCAAGUACGCAGAACUUCUUGUCAUCAUAGAAGAACUUGGUAAAGAAAUUCGACCAACGUACGCAGGCAGCAAAAGUGCAAUGGAGAGACUAAAAAGAGGAAUAAUCCAUGCUAGAGGCCUAGUACGAGAAUGUUUGGCUGAAACAGAACGUAACGCCAGAUCCUAGCUGUGCCAUACACCGCCAUGCUGAAGAAUACAGCUAUUUCCUUUUUUUUUUCUUUUUUAAAAUCUUCAGGGCAGUCUUUCUGAAUAUUUAACUGAAGGGGCUAAAAUAACUCUUUUUGGUUUGGUCUCUCGAGUACUGUCAAGCUGCUGAACAUGAGAUGACAUUUUUACAAGUAAACAGGAUUUCCAUUAAAAAAAGAAAAGUAUUACGUACAUUCACAUUUUUUUUUUUUAUGGAGUGCAUGGAAAUUCAUAUGUUGUAUCAUAAGCUGCAACCAUUUUUGUGAAAUUUAGCAUAACCUACACCCUAUCAGAUUUUAUGAUGAUUUGUGUUGGUUUUAUACAAAGCAUGUUUUCUUUUUUGCUAGUAGGUUCGUGUUUUCUUUCUUUUUUUUUUUUUUAGCAUAUAUUAACAUUUUACAGAGUAAUGUGUUACAGGACCCUCUGACAACAUUGUUGUUAUUAAUCCUAUCCUACAAUAUAUUCAUCAAAAAGAUCCUCCGAAGUAAAUAUACUACUUGUCUACCAGAACGUUCUUAGGCAGUGCACUGCAGACUCCUGGUAAAAAAAAAAGUUGUAUGUUAUUUGGGAAAAUGCAUCUAUUUAAAGAGGCAGUAACUUGUAAAAAAUAAAAUGCUCAUUUUUAUCAGUGCACUUUUUCAAUAUGUGUUUAAUCCUUGCAAACAAGGUGAGCUCCCUUGUCAUUCCUGAGCAGGAUUACAGAAUUAGUGGAUAUGUAAAUAUGUCGCUCUGAACUGGCGUUACCAUCCUCAGGAGCAACAAUGCAAAUGCACCUGGGUGCGCUACUUUUACUGUGUGUUUAUAACCCCUUUGUAGAAGUUAAACACACAGAGCAAAAAAGGGAUUUUAUGUAAAAUUAAAUUGUACAAAAAACAAAUCAAAUAUUUUUGCUUAAAUGUCCCUUUAAAAUAAGUCAUAGGACAUAGUUUCUGGUUACAUGGUUGGCCUUAUUUGGUACUGAUGAGCAAUAAUGCAUUAGAUGGGAUAAAGGUGCAUUUGUUAAACUGAAAAAUGUAUACGUUUAUUUUUAACUGUAUCCCUCUGCAAUCAAUAAUGUAGUUACCACCAUUUUAAAAUAUUUGUUGAGACUAGAGAUGUUUGCCAGGGUUUGUUCACUAGCGGUUAACGUUUUAUAGAUUGGUGAAUAACCAUUCAGCAUGUAUGAUUUAUUUCAUAGGAGGAGACUAUUACUUUUCUAUGGAUGGAUGUGGGCACCUUCAUUACCUGCAAUUAAUAAAGAUUAAAGAUUCACAUUAAUGCUGUUAUUGUAUGAGGAAACCCCCCCCCAAACAUUUAGAAAAAAAAUAUGGAAACUAACUAUUUGCAUCUUUGUAUGUAUUUAUUACUUGAUGUAAUAAAGCUUAUUUUCACUAAAA